CCCUCUCCUUCUCUCUCAUUCUGCCGGUCCUCUCUCUCUCUCUCUCUCUCUCUGUCCGCUCCUCUCCUCCGCUGCUCUGUGCCCCAGAAGACCUCGACAAUGGAUUUACUGCAACCACAGUCCUGUUGUAAAUGAUCAGUUUGGUUUGUUCUUCUUUCUUGGCGGAUGCGUCUUGGUUGAGUCGAGAUGAUGGCAUCAAUAGGGGAAUUUGACCCUCUCAACACCAGAGUCCCUGCAACUAAAAUAGAAGUUACCGUAUCAUGCAGGAGUCUCCUGGAUGUGGACACGUUCUCCAAGUCAGAUCCUGUGGUCGUCCUGUAUUUGCAGGCAGUUGGAAACAAAGAGUGGAGGGAGUUUGGCAGGACUGAGGUAAUAGACAACACUCGCAAUCCAGAUUUCGUCAGGAAGUUUGUCCUGGAUUUCUUCUUUGAAGAGAAACAAAAUCUAAGGUUUGAUGUGUACAAUGUGGACUCCAGAAGCUGCAACAUUUCCAAAUACAAGGACUUUCUGGGUCAAACCUUCUGUACCCUUGGAGAAAUCAUCGGCUCCACUGGAGGACGACAGGAGAGGACCCUUUCUGGGAUUCCAGGAAAGAAGUGUGGAGUCAUUAUCCUAACUGCAGAGGAGCUCAGUAACUGCAGGGAUAUUGCCACUAUGCAGUUGUGUGCCAACAAGCUGGAUAAGAAGGACUUUUUUGGCAAGUCAGACCCCUUCCUGGUUUUCUACCGCAGUAACGAGGAUGGAACGUUCACCAUCUGCCACAAGACAGAGGUGAUCAAGAACACACUGAACCCGGUGUGGCAGCCCUUCACUAUCCCUGUGAGAGCUCUCUGCAAUGGAGACUAUGACAGGACUGUGAAGAUAGAUGUCUUUGACUGGGAUCGAGAUGGAAGCCAUGACUUCAUUGGCGAGUUCACCACCAGCUACAGAGAGCUGUCUCGGGGUCAAAACCAAUUCAACGUCUAUGAGGUUCUCAAUCCCAAAAAGAAAGGCAAAAAGAAGAAAUACGUUAAUUCUGGGACUGUGAGUACACCCACCUCCACCAUACCGGCCUGUCAUUUCCUUAACGAAGGAUUCUAAUCAUCAUUGACUUCACAUUGUCAUGUAUGUGUCUUCCAAGGUAACCCGUCGCAGCCCACCUCACUCCACUAUAUGAGUCCCUACCAGAUGAAUGCAUAUGCCAUGGCCCUGAAAGCAGUGGGUGAGAUUAUCCAGGACUACGACAGCGACAAGCUCUUUCCUGCCUAUGGCUUCGGUGCUAAGCUGCCCCCUGAUGGCAAAAUCUCCCAUGCAUUUCCCCUGAGCGGAGACAAUGAUAAUCCAAACUGUGUGGGAAUAGAGGGGGUUCUGGAGGCCUAUUUCCAGAGCCUGAGGACGGUGCAGCUCUAUGGACCCACCAACUUUGCACCUGUUAUCAACAAAGUGGCAAAUUGUGCAGCAGAGAUUACAGAUGGCUCUCAGUACUUUGUCCUGUUGAUGAUCACAGAUGGAGUGAUAUCAGACAUGGUCCAGACCAAAGAGGCUGUGGUCAAUGCAGCAUCGCUCCCCAUGUCCAUAAUCAUUGUAGGUGUUGGGCCGGCUGAGUUUGAUGCUAUGGAGGAGCUGGAUGGGGACGAGGUGAGGGUAUCCUCCAGAGGACGUCUUGCUGAGAGAGACAUUGUUCAGUUUGUUCCAUUCAGAGACUACAUCGACAGAUCUGGCAACCAGGUCCUCAGCAUGGCCCGGCUGGCUAAAGACGUCCUCGCAGAGAUCCCCGACCAGCUGCUGUCUUUUAUGAAAAGCAGAGGAAUUGAACCGCGACCGGCCCUUUCCUCCUCGCCGAUACCGGGGCUCCACCGGCAAAUCUGACCCCGACACAGCCACUCAUCUCUGACUCGCUCCAGCCUGAUUCUCUCUGUCUCUCUCCUUCUUCUCCCCCCUCUGUGUGUCAACCCCUCACUUCCCAUACAAUUAUUUUUCACUUUAGAGUAGCAGGGAGAACGACCCGUGGCUCGCCCUCUCUCUCUCUUAUCGCCGCCGAAGCUAAAGAGGCACAUCAGACCGACGCAGCAGGCGAUCAUCCCUGACCCACCUGCUGUUGUUCCUCCUCUUCUCAUCUCUGACUCACCCUCUUCUAUAGCAUCCCUUCUCAUUUGCUGUAUGAAAGGCCAGUGAGACUCAACCCCCACCCCCCUUCUCUCCUCACUGGCUGCUCACUCACAGCCUGACUUUUUAAAUAUGUCUGUUAGUUCCCCUCACCAAAACACACACACCAAGUUUUCAUCCGUGUCCUUGUAUUCAGAAGUGUUGACACUUCUCUCAUUUGGCUCGAGUCCUAGGAAGUGUACCACUCAAAAUUGAAUAAGCUAUUCCCUACAUGAAAGCAGAGCCUGUGAUGUACACAACCUUGGAUCAAGUGCUUCUGAGGCAUUUCUUUGGCUACAGUUUGACUGUAAUUCAUUCGAGGGAGUGGUAACCACAUUAUUUUACUAUCGUCUUUAUCAUCGAGCUGGGCCAAAUUUCUCCAUACUGAAAUUGAAUGUGCCAAGCAAUUAAUUUUAAUCCAAGCAGAUGAAACGGAGAAGAGGACUCUGGGAGACUCUUUGUCCUGUGGACGUCACGCGGACGGAAGCAGACAAGUGUUGGCAGGUCAACUGUGGGGUCUCCGGUCACGUGUUCAUUAUCAUCAGUCACACACACACACCUCUUCCUACCACACUACACCCACCCUCUCUUUGCCCAGCGUGGGCUGGAGCAGGGUGCAGAUAUCCCCUCCCCAUCCUCCCCCCUGCUGUUCGACAAAUGCCAGACUCUCCAGCUGCCCUGCAGAGAGAGGUGGACGAGGAGGAAAGGAUGCAAGGAAAGGGAAAAGAUGAGGAUAAGGGUGAAGGCAGAAAUGGAAGUAAAUAGAGAGAUGAAAGUGUAACUGUGUAAUAGAAAGAGAAAAAGAAUCAAAGAGUGUGGAGGAACGAGACGGAGAUGGACAAGGCCGCAGGGGAGGAGAAGAGCAGUCAGAAAUUUGUUUGAUGCAGGAGGGGAGAGAAGGAUGGGAGAAACAGAUGGUGGCAGGUUUGAAGGCAGCAAAGAGGGAGAGAUCGCCCGGUGCUCUCUUUAGUUCCAUCAGUCUGUGUGCAUGUUGUUUUUGGGAAAGGGAUCUCAAUGAUGGGAUAAUGCACAAAAAAAGCAAUAUACCUGACGUCCAGUGUAACGUGUGCCCUAUGCAUGACCCUCACUCUCCCCUGCCAUGACGUGACAUUUUAUUCCCAGGCAGACUGAAGCCGUGUGUACAAAGCGGGCAAAGUCUGCCACCUAGUGUUCAUGCUGUGUACAGCAAGAUAUCCUAAUUAUGCAUGACUGCUGUACAAUCCUAUACUCAACUCACACAGUGCACACGCAUGACGUGACGCAGCUGAUCUUACUAUCAUAACAACACAGUGAAUUUUGACAACAUAACAGAACCAUGACUGAUUAUAACACUGCUGUGAUCUUGGAGGUGAAAUGUGUCACUAGUUGAAGACAUGUUAGCGUCAGUGUGAUGGUGUUGGCUUAGAGGGGUGUUUACGCUGUUUAAUGUUACAUGUUAGCAUAUUCAUUUUUUUUAGAAUACACUCCUACAAUAACUGUCAGGAUUUUGCAUGCUUGGGAACAAGUGUGUUACAGUGUUCAAUUUAGUGUCGUCAUUGCAACAAAAAAAAAAAAGACAGAUGGAAAUAUAUCUGAAGAAUAAUAUGCAUUUUACUGGUGUCACUGUAUAUUUCCAUUUGUUGAAUUUCAGAGCAAACUUUGUGUGUGCGGUGUCCUGCAGAAACUCGGUAUAUUCAGUUACGGAAGUUCUGGGACAUUGAGAUACGUGUAUUUUUGAUAUCCUGCAGUGAUGUGGCCUCUUCUCGAGGUCAUAGAAUCCAGACAUGUACGGUCUCUGCAAGAGGGCGCACCAGCCUGUAGUGUGAUUUUAUCUGUUCAAGAGCAUUUUUUGUCUCUCUUGUCUCUGUCUCAUGGCUGUACAAACAUGUCUCUAUUCAGCUUGUUAUUCGUAGUGUUAAAAAUGAAUAAACACUGUAUAUAUAGAACAGUACAUGAUAUAAAAUAUUUCCCACUUAGAUUAGAGCUGUCAAAGCCUUUUAAAUAGGUGUGUCUAAUGAUAAAUCUAUAUUGUAUGUUGACGUUUUUAUGAAUGUCCAAUUAAGAAGUGUAGAAGUUUCAGCUAUAAACUUUACUGUUUUGACAAGUAUCUGUGUUUUUGAUAUUGGGUUGUGACUUAAGUUUGUGUUUACUCACAUCUCCUGAAGAUGAUGAAGUGCAUUACAACAUUGCUAAACAUAAAGCGACACAAUCUCACUGGUAAAUGUUGUCGUGUGUUCAUGGAGAGAUGAUUUAAUGUGGAGAGAGAAGCUAUUAAGGUGUUCCCGGCGGUGAUUAAUUCUGCAGCGCAACAUGUCGCUGAGCUGAGCUGCCUCCCAUCAGAAUGUUUGAUUGAGUGAACAGAAAAAAGCACUUUUCGUACACAGACC